AUGGCAUCGCCACCGCCGGCCCUCGAGAUCCUAGUUCGCGAGCCCGACGGCUUCACGGUGUGGUCCGGCCCCCCAUACCCGCCGGGCACCACCAGCCCGCCGCAGAGACUCCCCAAGACGGCGUGCGGCGCCACCUCUUUCUCCACUGACGGUGCCCGCCUCCUCGCGACGGUGGCAUCGGCCUCGGCCACCGUCUACGACUGCCGCACACUCGCCGUCGUCAAGUGCUUCGAGCUCCCGGGUCUCCUCGCCGCCGCGCUGUCGCCCACGGGGGCCUAUCUGCAGACCUUCCAGAAGUCAUCCUCGCCGCAGGAGAAGAAUGUCACGGUCUGGCACGUUGACACAGCUGCUGCUCUCUACCAGCACUACCAGAAGAGCAUGUCUAAGGCCACCUGGCCAAUGGUUCAGUUUUCUGCGGAUGAAUUGGUCGCUUGUCGGAUGAUGCCUAAUGAGAUACAAUUCUUUGAUCCAAAAGAUUUUGCAAAAGGGAUUUUGUAUAGGAUAAGAAUGCCUGGCAUAGCUACGAUGCAGCUAGCAACUGCACCAGGAUCUCAUGUUGCUGGAUUCGUCCCAGAGGCUAAGGGUGUUCCAGCUAGUGUUCAGAUAUUUUCUUGCAACAAGGACGCACAAAAUCAAGUUGUUGCUCGCAGGAGCUUUUUUCGUUGUUCCACUGUUCAAUUACACUGGAACAAAGGGUCCACUGGGCUUCUAGUUCUUGCUCAAGCCGACGUGGAUAAAACCAACCAGAGUUACUAUGGUGAAACCAAGUUGAACUACUUGACAACUGACAGGGCCUUUGAAGGAAUUGUUCCACUUAAAAAAGAUGGGCCAGUCCAUGAUGUGCAGUGGUCUUCCUCUGGCUCUGAAUUUGCUGUGGUUUAUGGAUUUAUGCCGGCCAAGGCAACAAUAUUCAACAAGAAGUGCAACCCUCUUGUUGAGCUUGGUGAAGGACCUUACAAUACGAUAAGAUGGAACCCCAAAGGACGAUUCGUUGUAUUAGCAGGAUUUGGUAAUUUGCCUGGUGAUAUGGCGUUCUGGGAUUAUUCAGAAAAGAAAUUGGUAGCAAAAACAAAGGCAGAAUGUUCUGUCACAAGUGAAUGGUCCCCUGAUGGUUGUCAUUUUAUGACUGCUACAACAGCGCCGAGGCUCCAAAUAGACAAUUGUAUAAAAAUAUUUGACCACAACGGAUCUCUGCAGUUUAAGAAGAUGUUUGAAAGGCUGUAUCAGGCUGAUUGGAAACCUGAAGUACCUGAAAGAUUCGGUGACAUUGCUUACCUGACAACAUCCUUGAGUACCUUAAAGAUUGAAGAAACAAAAAAACAAGUUUCAGCACAAGGUUCCAAGUCAGCACAAACAUCAAGCAAGGCCCCUGCAAAUACAGCACCGAAACCUACAGCAUACCGCCCACCUCAUGCUAAGGGUUCUGCAGAACUUCAGGACAAGCUCUUUGGUGGACUAGCUCCUGCAGGGGGGGAGAUGAGCAAAAAUGCAUUGCGAAACAAGAAGCGCAGAGAGAAACAGAAGGAAAAGAAAGCUGCUGAAGCGUCAGGCUCUCCUGCUGAUGAUGAAAGUUGA